AUGGCUUCGCGCAGAGCCAGUCUGUCGCCUCCCGAGAGGCAGGGGACCAUGGACCCCGGCGCUCAUGAGCUACCUGGCUCCGACACCGAAGACCACUACUCCGAUGCCAUCUCUUCCCCCAAGGCUCCGUCCUCGCCCAUUCCGCGAACAAGAGUCGAGAGAGUAGACGACAAGCCGGCGUAUGGAGAGGUCCCAGGGACAAAGGCAUAUGCUUUGAGGGAAGGAGACGCGAAGCCGGAUGAGUUUGCCAUUAUCCCAGACCCGGACAGCAAGCUCUCGACCGAGGAGCAUGACGAGCGCCGGCCGUCCACUCCAGGCGGACGCCCCAUUCCCAAGACUGUAGUGGAGGAGACGCCUGAUAGCACCGGUGCCGUCACCCACCCGGAGAUCGAGGCGAGACACAGGGUUGACAGUCCUCCCGACGUGCUUGUCAAGGCGGAUGGACAGAAGAUCGAGAAUGAGAAGGGUGGUGACAAUGAUACACCAAUACCACCUGCAUUAAAGAGUCCCGCGUCGAUACAUUCUAGAGAUUCGUCAUCUGAUCUAGACCAGCCAUCCUCUGAGUUGCCCUCCCUAGGACCUAGUCUCCUAGAGAAGGAGCAGGGUACCAGCGAGGAGGCGAACGAUGACGCGUAUGACGAUGUCGUACAACACAACGCCAAAAAUGCCGACGAAGCCGCCGAUGAAAAUGAAUUCAAGGAAGUGGAGGAUGUAGAGGUCAAGACUGAGCAGGCUAAAGAUGGAGAGGCGGAAGAUGAGAAGCACGAGGAGGAGCAAUCAAAAGACGGCGAUACUACAGAAGAAGAAGGACCCAAAGCAGACGAGUUUGAGGAUGCCAGCGAAGAGCCUGAGAACCAAGAUACAAAGAAGGAAGACUCAGAGGAUCAGUUCGACGAGCCGGAACCCAGUCAAGAGGUCGAGAACAAGGUCGAGCCAGAAGAUGACAAGAAAGACGGCGCCAGCUUUGACAGCUUUGAUCACAAAGAGGAGAAGCCUGUUGAAAAUGAUGGGUUCGAUGACAACGGAUUUGCCGAAGCAGGGGACAAGGCACCUGACGAUGACGGGUUUGGUGAUGACGACUUUGGGGACGACUUUGCUGAACCAGCUCAGGCCGGCGGCGAUGACUUCGGGGAUGACUUUGAUGACUUUGAGGAGGGAGCCGAGACCAACAACGAUGCUGACUUUGGCGACUUUGACGAUGCCGGCUUUGACGAUGACGACUUCCAAGAAGCCGAAGGGUUCUCGGCUCCAGCUCCCGCUCCUGAGCCGCAACCACAGCAACCACAGUCCUCAUUAUCCUUCCAAAUACCCGACUUUACCCACCUCUCCCUCUCCGAAAUCCUCUCCCUAACCUCCCCCUACCUCAACGCCCUCUUCCCUCCCUCCUCCGACACCGACGGCGACGACUCCAACUCCAUUCCCACCCUGAACGUCACCUCCAACGGCAGUGCCGACCCCAUCUUUCAACACCCCCGCUCCGCCUCUCUCUGGUCUCAACUCGUCGCCCCUCCCCCCCUCCAACCGCCCGAUUGGAUCCGCUCCCGCAUCCGCCGCCUCUUCCUCGUCUCCCUCGGCGUCCCCGUCGACCUAGACGAGAUCCUCCCCGCUUCCAAGCAGAAGAAACUCGUCUUGCCUAGCCUGGACCGUAGAGGGAGUUCGGCGGAGGCGGAAGGUGAUGACGGGGGGCGCGCGGGUCGCUCGAGACGACCUAGCGCCGCCCUCCGCAGCGGCCAGGCACAGUCCGUUGACUCGCGCGGGAAUCCUUCGAGCAGGACACCCUCCAAACAACCACCCGUCAACAAAACCGUUGCUGCCGCCACUGGUAGUGCCAACCGCUCCUCCAGUUCCGCUAGGAAGGGUCCACCUCCUGAACCGGUGUUUGAUCUAGUAGCUGCUAAGCAGUUGUGCGAGACCACGGAUGAAGCGCUCAGUGGUAUGACGGUCAAGGAGCUGAAGGAGCAUGUGCAAAAGUUGUACGCGAUGCAGGAAGUGGCGAAGGAGGUGUUGGUGUAUUGGCAGCAGAGGACGGAUGAGAAGAUUGGAGAUCGGGAGGCGUUUGAGGGGGUUAUUGAGAAUUUGGUGAAGCAUGCUAGGAAGGUUAGGAAGUGA